AUGUCAGACGCAUCAGUGGAUCAGUCGCCUCUGUCACCGCAGGCUUACACGGUCGGGUUGAUCACAGCCUUACCGGUCGAAUACGCAGCCGUCGUGGAAAUGCUGGACGACAGGCAUCAGUCACCAGAAAUCCAAGGAGAGGUCAACGUGCAAUAUACCAGUGGUCGAAUCCAUAGUCACAAUGUAGUAAUCGCUUGCCUCCCGGCUGGUGAGCCCGGUCUUACCUCUGCCACCACUGUCGCUACUGAAAUGACCAGCCAUUUUCCGAACAUCAAAUAUCGUCUCCUCGUCGGGAUCGGGGGUGGAAUUCCAGGCGAUAUCGACAUCAGACUGGGAGAUGUUGUCGUAAGCCAACCCGGCCAUGGCCACGCCGGGGUGGUGCAAUUUGACCUGGGGAAGCGUCUGCCGAAUGGACGAUUUCAGCAAACGAGCCAUCUCAAUAAGCCACCAAGGCCUCUGCUGCAUGCUUUGUCCGAGGUUCAAAGAAGACAUAUGCUGGACGAAGGUUCAUUUUCGGAAUACAUAUCGCAGCUUGGGGAAAGGAGGGCCAAGUUCAGACGUGAGAAGGCCGGACCGGACUGCCUUUUCCCACCCGAUUAUCCCCACAAGAGAGGCAGCAAUUGUGACCGGUGUUCCAAGAAAAUGCUCAUAGUGACAGAGCCACGGCUAGAAGAGGAGCUGGUACAAGUUCACUAUGGCACGAUUGCGUCAUCAAACUCUCUUAUUAGAGACGGAGUCGAACGAGAUAAGAUCUACGAAGAUCUUGGCGGCAACAUCCUCUGUUUCGAGAUGGAAGCUGCUGGGCUGAUGAACAACUUCCCUUGCCUCGUGAUCCGGGGUAUCUGCGAUUAUGCAGAUUCACACAAAAACAAGAGGUGGCAGCCGUUUGCCGCAGCUACGGCAGCAGCAUAUGCAAAGGAGCUGCUCCAGGUGAUUUUAUCAAAGAAUGAAGCAGAAUCCGACGAGACCCCGGUUCCAUGGAUUUUACCAUUCAACCGAAACCCUCAUUUCACUGGCCGCUACAAGCUCCUAGAAAGACUCAAACUUUGUCUCAAUAACCCUCAACAUCAUCCAUCCAUUGCUAUCUACGGGAUUGGUGGCACUGGGAAAAGCGCUGCCGCUGUCGAAUUCGCCUAUCAAGCUCGCAAGGGCAAUCCAUCUCUAGCGGUCUUCUGGGUCUCUUCAUUUACCAAGGAGCGUUUCUUAGAAUCAUACCGCGAGAUCGCGCUGCAGCUUAAGGCUUCAAAAUCAGAUGAUUGUGAUGUCGAUGUGCUCAAACGAGUUCGAAAGAAGUUGAGCGAGGAAACCAAGCGCAGAUGGCUCAUAGUAGUCGACAACGUGGACGAAAGCUCUGUCCUCUUUGAUGCUAAUGACGGUGGCGAUCGGCUAUACGAUUAUCUCCCCCAGAGUGCGCAAGGGAUUAUCCUCUUCACCACCCGAACCCGCAAGAUCGCUGUCGAUGUGGCUCCUCAUGAUGCUUGGCCGCUUGGUGAGAUGGAUUGUUGCGAGGGAAAACAGCUGUUGCGGAAACUUUUCGGAAAUGAACAAAACCUAACAGACAACGGUCUAGACAGAUUCCUAGAGAUGGUCAUAUCCCACCCCCUCGCUAUUAUCCAGGCUAUCGCGUUCAUCAGAAAAAACGGCAUCUCCCUAGAACGCUAUAUGGAGCUGUUCGAAAAGAGCCGCAGUUCGCAGACUGAGCUAUUGCGGGAAGAUUUCAAUGACCCCAACAGAGACAGGGAAUCGAGAAACGCUGUUUUCCUCACGUGGAAGAUUUCCUUUAUGCGGAUAGAAGACGAGGACAAGGUUGCAGCUUUUUACCUCGGCUUCUUGGCUUGCAUUGCACCGCAAAACAUCCCGCGAGCGAUUUUCCUGUCCGCGGAAUCAGACAUCAUCACGGAGAAAGCUCUUGGCACAUUAAAAGCAUAUUCAUUUUUGAGCAAGCGAACUGAAGGCGAUAUUUACGACGUUCAUCCCCUGAUUCCGGGUAUCGUGCAAGAACAUCUAAGAGAAAGUGGCAGAUGGCGCGCAAUCACGGUUCUUACUAUUCUCUGGUUAAGAUGCUUGAUACCAGACGGAGGCUAUGAGCAUUUGAAAGAAUAUCCGGCGUUUCUUCCCCAUGGGAAGGCGAUUGCAGAUAUUCCGGACUUAAUGAACGAGCCGGAUGUGCUAUUCUUGCUUCGGAACGUUGGCCAAUGUUACAACAGUCUCGGACGAGGCGCAAUCGCGAUUCAAAUAUUCGAAGACGCUCUUGAACGCUUCAAACGGCUGUUUGGGCCAAAUGACCUGCAAACCCUUCAUACUAUGCAUCUUUUGGGGAAAUCAUAUCAAACACACAAGAGUUAUAAUGAGGCGGCGCGUACACUCGAGGAGCUGUUGAUAUUAGAGAAGGAAGCCAUUGGUGAUGAAGAUCCUCGAACACUCGUCACUCGAUCCACCCUGGCAUCGGUAUACCAGUCUCAAGGCAAAUGGCAGGAGGCUAAAAGAUUAUACUUGCAGGUGAUGGAGUCAAGGAAGCGAGUGCUCGGUGAGGAUCAUCCCGAUGUCCGACAUAGCGAAAUGGAUCUAGCUUUGUUAUACCGGGAUCAAGAUCGAUGGGCUGAAGCUGAAACAUUGUUGUUGCGGGCCCUUGGACGAGCAUCAUUAAGCCCUAGGAAUGAUUUCAACAAUGUCAUUUUUAUUAAGUCUCAAUUGGCAUUCAUAUACCAAUGCGAAGGCCGAUGGAAGGAGGCCGAGGAGAUUGGAUCAGAAUUGGUCACUGCUUCAAAGCAAAUUCUCGGCGAAGAUCAUCCGGACACCCUGGAGAUUCUUGCUAGCAUGUCAGGAAUCUAUCAAGGACAAAAUCGGUGGAUCGAAGCCGAAGAAAUACUGUUACGGGUAAUCGAAACUAGGAGAAACAUCCUCGGUGAUGAGCAUCCCGAUGUCCUGGCUGCGCAGACAAAUCUUGGUCUAGUAUAUCAGAAACAAGGGGAACUACAAAAGGCCGAAGACCUACAAGUCAAAUUGAUCGCAGUCAUGAGAAAUGUAUUCGACAAUGACGAACUUGAUCUCUUGGUCGCUCAGGGAAAUCUGGCAUUCACAUAUCACAGACAAGAAAGGUGGGUGGAUGCGGAGAAGCUACUCCUAGAGUUGGUAAAAGUCAUGAGUCAAACACUAGGUGACGAACAUUCAGAAACCUUGAAAGUGAAGAUGAGCUUAUCCUUCACAUAUCGAAGCCUGCAGCUGUUGGAGAAAGCUGAGGAGCUGCAAAUGGAGGUGGUGCGUACCAGACGGCGAGUGCUUGGAGACACUCAUCCUUGUACCCUCGAAAGCAUGCACAGCCUUGCUCUGACUUUAAUGAGCUCCCGUCGUUUCAGUGAAGCUAUGGAGCUCGUGGGACUAGCUCGUGUCAGUUCUAGUGAGCGAUAUCUUCCUGAGGACCAGCCCGUUUUCACGAUUCGAUGUUGGGACUAUGCUGAGGAGUCACUCUGGAAACACGCCAUCAAUCAAGGCUUGUUUGCGUUUUUAAUUGACUCCAAUGUUAUCAAUAUUGAAGAUGCCUCGGUUAUAUCAAGAUGCUAG